AUGAAUCAUAAUAUUGAAAAACAAUGUUCAUAUGAUUAUUGCAAAAUAAAUGACUUUUUACCUUUCUUAUGUAGAUAUUGUAAAAAGUUUUUUUGUAUUUAUCAUCAAAAUGCUGAAGAUCACCAAUACUAUUUGAACAUUAAAGAUAAAAUGAUGAUAUGUCAUGAUAAAAAAAUAGCUGUUAAAAAUGAUAAAGAUUUGUUUCUUGUCUGUGAAAAAUGCAAGACAUUGAUAAAGAUAAAUGAAAAUGAAAAUGAAAAUAAAAAUGGAAGUGAUUUCAUAAAUAUUGUAAAAGAAAUAUAUGAAAAACACUUAAUGAAUGAAUGUAAAAAUAAUGUAAUUUCUCCUAAAUAUUGCUUUGUUAAUGAAUGCAUAUAUAAUAAAUAUUGUAUUAAUUCAAAUAAUAACAGAAAAUGCAUAAUAUGUCAGAAAAUUUUUUGUUUCAAUCAUGUAAAUGCAGUUAAUCAUAACUGUGAAGAAAUGAAAAAAAAAAUGUCACUAAAAAAAGAAGAAAUAAAAUUAAAAUUUCAAAAAAGAAUAUCCUCCAAUACUUCUAGUACCAUUAUGGAGAAUAAAAAAUCGGAAAUUGUUAAUGAUACACCAAAUGAAAGAAAAAAAAAAUUAGAAGAAAAAAUUUUUAGAAUAAAAAUAAGAUUAACAUCUAUAGGGUUAAUGUCAAUAAGUGAAUCUUCUCGAAUAUUCAUAAAAUUGGUUAUUGAUAAUUCAAUGAUUAUUAUAAAAAAUUCUUUUCAAAUAGAAAAAAAAACUUGUACGUUUAAAAAUAGAAGCAUUAAUAUAUGGCUAGAUGGAGAUACAACUAUUGGAAACAAUAUAGAAUUAUUGAGUAAUAUUUUUAAAGCUAUUAUAUUUUCAAAAAAUGAAAAUAAUUUUUUUUUGUAUAAAAUUUUAAAAUAUAGAGAUGGGCAAUUAACAUUUAAUGAUGAUGAAUUGUACCUGUUAGAUUGCUCCUCUUUUUGUCGUAAUGUUAUUAGUGAUGGUGAUACUGUACUUAUAAAAUAA